AUGACAACACUCAACUUGUCCUCGAAUGGGCCCUCCAUAUCCAAAAGCUACCAAACCGUGGUCAACUCGGCUCUUCCAGCAAGUUCUCCGACAUAUAGCCAAUGGGCCGUAUUUUCCGUCUCUACCCCCCUUGUCAACGCUUUCCAGCCAGAUGCGGGCAAUAAAGAGAGUGUCCUAAAAGUUCAGAACUCUGGAGAGGGCGAAUUGGCGGACCUUAUCGAUGAGUUUUCUGAGGGCAAGAUCCAGUUCGCCUUUGCUAAGGUGACAGAUCCCAAUACGGGCCUACCCAAGAACGUGCUUAUUGCAUGGUGUGGGGAGGGUGUCCCCGAGAGAACUAAAGGAUAUUUCACUAGUCACCUCUCUGCAGUCUCAAAGUUCCUACAUGGCUAUCAUGUCCAGAUAACGGCGCGCUCGGAUGAUGAUUUGACCGUCGAGGGAAUUAUUAAGAAAGUUAGCGAUGCGUCGGGUGCCAAAUACACCUCGGGAAGUGAUCAAUCCGUCUCUACCACUCCGAAGCCGCCUGUCUCCACCAAACCCGUCUUUACGCCGUCUCGAUCAGGUGGCACUGUCCUGAACAAGACACCAGCUGUCCCACUGCGUGGCCUGACAGACAGGACAAACUCAGAUGACGGAUGGGGCCCCGAUGCCCCUCCGGUCACAAGAACGCAACUCGAAAAGGUUCAACCAGCCUAUAAGCCCACCAAAGUGAAUAUGAAUGAGCUCAAAUCAGAGAAAGGAUCUACUAGCGGAGGUGCCGGUAACGCAAGUGACAACUCUAGCAACGUUGUUAAGGGCGGCUAUCAGCCUGUGGGGAAAGUAGACAUUGCGGCUAUAAGGAGACAAGCACGCGAGACCGGCAAUCUCCAGGAUGACCGUCCAGCGCCGGUCAAAGGCGCCUAUGAACCUGUUGGAAAGGUUGACAUCGCUGCAAUUCGCUCCAAGGCGCAAACCCCGAAGGAAUACCCCGUGGCUUCUGAUAAUAAAUCUACUACACCAUCGAAUCCCCCGAUAGUUACUCCCCAAGCACUCCCUGAACAAAAUUCCGAAAGGCUUACCAGCUUGCCGAAGCCCAAGGUUUCAAACAAAUUUGGUGCCACCCCGGCAUUUGCCGGGACGAGGCCACCUCUCCCCAGUGAUUCUAUGUCAAAACCAACCUCGUCACAUUUGCAUGGAGCAAGCAGAACAUUUGCCGACCAAGGAGGGAAAACCCCCGCCCAACUCUGGGCAGAAAAGAAGGCCAGAGAGCGUGGAGAGGAUUACGCUUACGAGACUCCUGUCCAUGGAGAGACUGGUGGGAACGAGGAAUGGAAAGGCUCCUCUAACAUCAAGUCUUCUGGUCCUAUCCAGGCAACGCAUUCCGGACAGUCCGUCGGCAGUAGUACUUUUCACGAUUCUGCGGUAAACAGAGGCGACAAUUUUGAAACAGAACCUCGAACUUUCCUGCAACAAGAAGAUACUACAACUGCUGCUGUUGCCGCUGCUGCUACUGCUACUGCUGCUACUUCUCACGAUGACCCUGCUGUGGAAUCCGCUGAACAAGAUUCUAGUCCCAUUCCAGAGGCAAAGCAUUACAUGCACGCGCCCGAAAUGGUGUCAGAGCCUGUUCAGCAACAGGCUCAUAAUCCCGACAAUGAUCAACUUGUUUCAGAGACAUCAGAGCAAGCUGGUCCCCGCAGCCCAUCCCCUCCGCCUCGCGAAACCUCGCCCAUCCGUGUUGCCAUGCCAGUUAGCAGAGAAGCGACUGAUCCGCAGACCGAACAAGGUGUCAAUUCCUCCGUCAGUCAGUCAGACGAGAUGCAGCAUACCAUCUCUAAUCAAUAUGCCUCUGAGGAUGAUUUGCAAGAUGUCGCCCAGGAAAGAAGCCAAGCAGCUCCGGAGAACCUUAAUCAAAAAGGAGGCAUCCAGGCCAUUGCUCAGUACGAUUAUGACAAGGCAGAGGACAAUGAGCUUGAACUUCGGGAGGGAGAACAUGUUUUAGAUGUCGACAUGGUUGAUAAGGAUUGGUGGCUGGGGUCUAACGUCCGCGGCGAAAGAGGCCUUUUCCCAAGCAAUUACGUCGAAAUUGUCGAGCAUGACCAGCAGAACGACAACCCAUCGGAUGUCCAAGACAUACACGGUGCAGAUAAGUCGGUCUCUAAUACUGAGUCGACUGCGGCCGUGCCUCCCGUGGCCAGCUCAACUCUUGCACCGAGUGCAAUGGCAUUGUAUGAUUACGAGGCUGCAGAGGACAACGAACUUAGUUUCCCUGAAGGCGCUCAGAUUACAAACAUAGUUGUGGUAGGCUCCCAAUCAUCUGGUAAAUCGUCUGUGCUUGAGAACAUUGUCGGAAGAGACUUUUUGCCGAGAGGGAGCGGUAUUGUUACUAGACGGCCUUUGAUCCUGCAACUCAUAAAUAUCCCUAGCGAACGCCAUGACAAACCCGGCAGCGAUGAAAUCCACGUGCCUCACACAGCUGCUAGUGUGGCUGGUCAGCAUGAGUGGGGAGAGUUUCAUCAUAUACCUGGUCGAAAGUUUGAAGACUUCGCUCUGGUGAAGCAAGAAAUCGAAGCCGAGACAGCGCGGAUAGCUGGAAGCAACAAAGGCAUUAAUAGGCAACCGAUCAACCUGAAAAUUUUCUCGCCUCAUGUGCUCAAUCUCACUAUGGUUGACCUGCCGGGAUUAACGAAGGUUCCUAUCGGGGAUCAGCCGUCAGAUAUCGAGAAGCAGACCCGAGCCUUAAUAUUGGAAUACAUCGCCAAGCCAAAUAGUAUAAUUCUAGCGGUUUCCCCGGCAAAUGUUGACCUUGUGAACUCCGAAGCACUCAAGCUCGCCCGCCAGGUGGACCCCAUGGGCCGGAGAACCAUCGGAGUAUUGACGAAGUUGGACUUGAUGGACCACGGCACCAACGCUAUGGAUAUUUUGUCUGGCCGUGUCUACCCCCUGAAACUUGGGUUCAUCGGAGUCGUCAAUCGAUCGCAGCAAGAUAUUCAAUCCGGGAAGUCGCUGUCCGAUGCCUUGCAAGCUGAAGUGGACUUCUUUCGACAUCACCCUGCGUAUCGGAAUAUGGCCAAUCGGUGUGGGACACAGUACCUCGCGAAAACACUGAACACUACUCUGAUGGCUCACAUUCGUGAUCGCUUGCCUGACAUUAAAGCGCGUUUGAAUACUCUUAUGGGACAAACACAGCAGGAACUCGCCAGCUAUGGCAAUAAACAAUUCAGUGGAAAGGAACAUCGUGGGUCACUGAUACUACAAUUGAUGACUCGUUUCGCCUCGUCCUUCAUAUCUUCUAUUGACGGGACUUCCUCCGAGAUUUCUACGAAGGAGCUAUGCGGAGGGGCUAGAAUUUACUACAUCUUUAAUUCGGUAUUUGGAAACUCACUUGAAACGAUCGACCCAAUCCACAAUCUAUCUGUUCCCGAUAUCAGAACCGCAAUUCGAAAUUCAACUGGACCUCGGCCCAGUUUGUUUGUCCCAGAGCUUGCGUUCGAUUUGCUCGUGAAGCCCCAAAUCAAAAUGCUGGAAGCACCUAGUCAGCGGUGCGUGGAGCUUGUCUACGAGGAGCUCAUCAAGAUUUGUCACACCUGUGGCUCACAAGAACUUCUAAGAUUCCCUCGACUUCAAGGAAAACUCAUCGAAGUUGUUUCUGAUCUUCUCCGUGAACGCUUGGGGCCUUGUUCAGUAUACGUGGAAUCUCUGAUAUCCAUUCAAAGGGCCUACAUCAACACGAAUCAUCCGAACUUUCUUGGAGCCGCAGCAGCGAUGUCUUCCAUCAUCCAAAACAAACAAGAAGAGGAACGUAGGGCUGCAUUGGCCGAGGAUAGAAAAAAACGGGAGAAACGACGAUUGAAGGAGUUAGGAGGUCUCAAUGGCGGCUCAUCGGCAUCACCGGAAGACGAGGAGCAACAACAGGUUGAAGGGAAGAUGCAAAGUAUUUCAUCGAAAAACCAGUCCUCAAGAGCGACAAGAAGCCAAUCUCCCCAUCUGAAUAAGCCACAUGAAAGUGGUAUUGCCGCAACACUGAAUGGUGUACACUCGAGCCCUCAUGCCGUUUUUGGAGCUACCAACUCGACCCGUGAUUCCUUCCUCAAUUACUUCUUUGGCAAGGAUGGCACACAGUCCCCUAGUGCGAUUUCUCAGCCUCCGACUCAUACCAAGCAACCUCACCACCCAACGGACUCUAGCCACAUUCAGAACAUCCGGCGUACCGAAAUACGCUCCCCAGUUAUCUCCCCAGAAGAUUUUGCACCUCUCCCGGAAUACGGUAGUGAACCUCACUCAAUGGAAAACUCUGAGCCGGCUCUUUCUGAUCGUGAACUAUUGGAGACCGAAUUGAUCCGCCGGCUGAUAUCUUCAUAUUUCAACAUUGUAAGAGAGACGAUCGCCGACCAGGUCCCAAAAGCUAUUAUGCAUCUUCUUGUCAAUCACAGCAAGGAUGUAGUGCAAAAUAGGCUAGUGAGUGAACUUUACAAGGAGGAUUUGUUUGGAGAAUUGCUUUACGAGGAUGAUGGCAUCAAAGCGGAAAGGGAGAAGUGCGAAAAGCUCUUGGACACCUACAAGGAGGCAGCCAGAAUAGUGGGCGAGGUCUUGUAA